AUGGCGACCAGCUCUCUAAGAAAACGGAAUUCGCAGCCCUCAUCGACGACCGAACUGAGUCCCGAACUGAACAAUGGCGCACCUCCUACCAGUGAACAGCCGCAUCCCGCUGGCGAAGUCAAAUAUGGGGCUUGGAAUCAGAUUCUUCGCGCACUCCUUCUCUUGACAUGGUUCAACUGUUCCGCAGUUUGCAUCAACACCACGCAGUUCUUGGGCGCUCCCCUUUAUUGGUGGAACAGAGACUACUACUAUGCAUAUAUGGCAUUGACGAAGCAGUCCUUCGGUAUAAUGGCGAUUGCGGGAACACGAUGGUUUGCACCGACCAAAAUCCGCGUGAGCUGGGACAAAGAUCUGCGAGGACAAUUUCAAAAAACCAACACAGGCAGGCUCGUGACCACAUUCCCCGAACGCCUGGUCUACAUUGCCAAUCACCAAGUCUACACAGAAUGGUUGUACCUCUGGUGGAUCGCAUACACGAGGAGGAUGCACGGACACAUUUUCAUUAUUCUCAAAGAGUCUCUCAAAUAUGUACCGGUCCUGGGCCCUGGUAUGAUGUUCUAUGGCUUCGUCUUCAUGGCUCGAAAAUGGGCGUCGGAUAAACCUCGUCUUCGGCACCGACUCGAAAAAUUGAAAACACGCCACAAGGGUCCGAUGUCUGGUUCGGAAGGAUUUGAUCCAAUGUGGCUGUUGAUUUUCCCUGAGGGCACGAAUCUGGCAGCGAACACCAAGAAAGUGAGCGAGAAAUAUGGCGAGAAGGUGGGGAUUCCUCACCCCAGACAUGUGCUCCUUCCUCGAAGUACCGGUCUCUUCUUUUGUUUGCAGCAGUUACAUGGUACAGUCGAUUGGGUCUAUGACUGUACUAUCGCCUAUGAGGGAACACCUAAAGGAGGCUUUGCGCCAGAGUACUUCACAAUCCGAUCAACCUACCUCCAAGGUCGGCCUCCAAAAUGUGUCAACAUGCACUGGCGGCGUUUUGCUGUGUCUUCGAUACCUCUUACUGACCCUAAGGAAUUCGAAAAGUGGCUGUUGGAGCGCUGGCGAGAGAAAGAUGACAUGCUUGAGCAAUGGUACAAUACUGGACGGUUCCCUGCCGACGCUGAAUCUGCUAGCCCCGAGAAGGGAAUCUCAAAGGAUGGAUUCAUCGACACGGAAAUGAUUCUGAACAAUUGGAUAGAAAUUGGGCAGAUUUUUGUAGUGGUGGCUGCUCUUGCGUUGGUCGUCAAUGUGAUCCUGAAAUUCUUGGGCAUUUUUAUCACUUUGAGCUGA